AUGGCCCAAGGGGCUGUCGCGCCUGUCACGAUUUCAAAUGGAGUUGUGCCACCUCUGACCGUAGAGGAGCUGCGCGAGUUGGCAGAGUAUGAGAAGAUCAUACAGUUUCGCGAUGCCGUUCUAGCAGGAUCCCACCCGCGAAUUAAGAUAGCACCUCAUCUUGUUGGAAAACAAGCAACUGCGACUCGAAAUUUCUCCUCGCCUACUACUUCGAAUCCUCGCGCAAAUAAUGUCGCACAACGAUCUACCCCAAACUCCCACCUCGAAGACGCGUCUUUUUAUCGAUCCCCCAAUAAUAACCGGCCAGGUCUUCCUGCGCAGAUUUUCAAAUCGGGAAAGUCUGAGAUCAAUCCAAUUCUCUUGGAGAAGUCUGACGAUCUCAUCAAAGCUGAGAUGCAAUUACAAAGGCAGAGGUUGGAGCGCAAUUUGAGGGAUCAGAUUGAGAAACAGCGGAUUGCAACGAAAGCUGCACUACAAACCUCUGAGUCCCUUCCUAAUUUUGAUAUUUCUGAAGUUUUGUCAAAGGCCCAAGCUAUUGUGCACCCUUCUACCCAAGCGGAGGUCCAACCUGCGAUGGCCGAUGAUACUGCCGCAAGUGAUUCUUUUGAUGAGAACACUUUCUAUUCAAGUCAACAUGAUUCUUCAGCCUGGUCAAACUCUUCACAAGGUCAGAAAGAGCCCGUUCAAGUUCACUCGGGUGGUUUUAUAUCUGCUGGAGAGCGUCCUGGCGAGUCAAUCUCCACCCAAAGUCACAUUGAAAACCAGCAAAAGGUCGUGGCUAGUGCUUCGCUAUCCACAAAUAAUCCACCAGCAGCUCAAAAGCAACACUCACAGCACCUGACAAAUGCAGCAGAUAUUCAAGGGCAACUUUCAGGACUGGGUAAUUCUGUUUCGCAUGCGGCUACCGGAGUAGCAACAAACCGUAACUCCACGGACUCGCCGCACCAACGAGGUGAAGUUGGUACACAUAGCGUCUCAAUGGUGCCGAACGGUUUAAAUCGUGAUCAUCAAGCCACUGUACAAAGAACUACGGAUGAUCUCUUGAGACAAGCAUUUGAAGAUGACCGCGCUUCGCCUUUGAUUCAUACCCACAAUCUUUCUCCAUUUGCCCCACAGCCCGCUCGUGUUUCCCCCUUGGCUACUGCAAGAGAACCUCCAGUCCUUCGAGAGAAUAUUCUUGCUGAUGAAGCUGCACCCGCCCAAGUGGCGGCAUUGCGAAAUCAGCCCACAGGAAUCUCCAGUACAGAUAGUUCUCCAAAAGGAGUCAAGGCCGCCGAAAGGAAGAAAGGAGGAAAUAAGAAAAAGAAGCGCAAGGCCAAAGACAGUUUCGAUACUGCGGAUUCCCCAUACAUCAAGCCCGAGCCUCGAUCACCGUCACCAUUCCCCGUUGCUCCUUUACCCCGACCGCAGAAAAGACAGAGACAGUCUGGUCAGUAUGCUGCUGAGCUUAAUUAUGACGAGCCCAGAUACGGUGCAGAAGAGGUUACACAAGCACGCAUCCCAGAGCCGUAUGCGGAGGUGCGCGAGUCCCGAGCAUAUCAACGAGCUGACGAAGCCUAUGAACCUGUGUUCCGCCGGCCUCCACUUCCUCCUCUUCGUCGGGUGGAAGAUGAUUCUUAUCGACGUACUGCCAGCGAUACUUAUACUCGACAGCCCCAAUCUCCCACUGUAUAUGCUACGCCAUCUCAUGCUCACAACGAAGUUCGCUCCGUCAGGGCAGCCUCGCAUGCCAUUGUGGAUCGUAGAGUUGAGGACCCCUCAUACUACGGCCAACCUGCUGUCAGAUCUGCUUUGCGACCAGAUGCGGAUCGUGAGCGAUCUAGAUCUCCUAUCUUGCGUGAUCGUAGAUCACCAGUAGCUAUGGGCCCCCCUCGACAAGCAGUCCGCAUUGUUCGCGAUGAAUUUGGCAACGAGUACUAUGAUCCUUCACCUGUGCGCCAAUCUGUGGCACCACCAGCAAGGUAUCGUGAGGAAGUGGUGUACGAGCGACCGCCAGUAAGAGUAGUAUCUGCCCGACCAGAGGUCUAUGAAGAUGAUGGGAUUCUCUAUCGAAGGCCUUCUCCAACUCCAACAACUGCCAGGCGUGUUGUUACGCAACCGGAAUAUGCUAUGGCAGCCCCAUCUGGGUAUCGAUCUUACCGAGAGCGGGAAUAUUCCGUCCGCCCAUCUGGAGAAGACUAUGUCCAGCGUCGUCCAGUCUACGAAGAGCCGGUCCGUGAAUAUGCACCUAGAGCACAAAGCGUCCGCCCAGACGCAGUACAAUACGAGGUUCGCGACGAAGCUCCACGUGAAUAUGCUCCCAUGGCUCCCGCUGUCCGCGACGAGGCUUCGCAAGGUUAUGCUAGAGCUGCGAGUGUUCGACCUGACACAGUGAGAUAUGAGGAGGUACCGCGGCAAUAUGCUGGUCCUCGAGUCCAGGCUCUGCGUGAAGAGGUUGUACGCGACUAUGCUCCCAGACCCAUCAGCGUCCGUCCAGAUCAGACGAGAUACGAAGUCCGCGAGGAUUCUGAGUAUGCUAGGGCUCCGGUGGUGCGCGAAGAACCGCUGCGGGGUUACGCUAGAGCAGGAAGUGUACGACCAGAUGCUGUCAGGUAUGAAGUGCCAAGGGAAUAUGUUGGAAGGGUGCAAAGUGUUAUGCCCGAGCCACCACCUCGAGAGUAUGCUUCAAGCGUACGCCCGGAGGCCCGACGGGAGACGAUACCGCAGGCUCAACGUGAAUUCAGUGUUCGGCCUGUUGAUUCUCUGAAUAGGCGGGAACAAGUGCCUGUUGGGAAGGGAGAGAGAUACUACGAAGAGAUGGCUGGACAGAGACCAGCUCCGGUUGCUUUUAUUGAACGGCCUAGAGCUAGGGAAUCAUCUGUGCUUGUGUAUGCGGAUGAUGUGCGGAGGGAGGUGUAUAGAUAG